UAGUUUAACAUUUUUUUUUCUUCAAGAGAACAAGUUGAGCGUGGGUAAGUUUUGGCUCCAAAUUAAUAGACCUCCAUGGACUUCUCAAAGAGUUGCGACAGGUUUUCCUGCGUCUGCGCCCUGGGUGCUAGCUUAGUGAUCCUUUCCUGGGGCAGGGUUCCCUCCACCAAGGCGGGUAUAUCGCUGCUGGAGAAUCCCAGCUCUCGGAGGCCAUUUUCUAUGCCCGCGCGUUGCAUAAAACCGCGUACAGUGUCCGCCAAAAGACGACCGGCGUCUGCUUUUUCGACACCUCGCACUUCUGCGCCCAGCAACUGGGCAGCCUCCAAAUGCCGAUCCGGACAAGCUGGAGCAGUGAACUCAAAGACCGCCGGAGCACUGAUCACCACGGAUAGGCCGUGUGGAAUAAGAGCGUGAUCCGCGGAGUAGCCCUUUGGCUUGUAAUCCCUCACAUUUCCAGAAAUAGGAUAGGAAAGGCCAUGACACAGGUGCACUCCGGCAUUACCAAAUCCCACGCCAGCCAUUGUGGAAGCCAGGUGCAUCUGGGAUCGGGCUUCUAGGUUAUCGGGCUGCUUUGAACUACAAGAAGACCCGAAAAUGUGCGACUACCAGAUGGAGUACUCCUUUAUUUUUGAAGACAGCUCCUGCGAGGGCGAUGCCUCGAUGGCAUCCUACGACAAUGGAUUCGAGUCCAUGUGGCAUCAAGUGCGCGAGGAGUUGCAAAGGGAGCGGGAGAUGAAUGAGCUCUGCCAGGUUUUCCAGCAAAACUUGAGCCUGAGUCCGCCGGUCAUCGCGGAUAGAUGGAGAUUCUGACUGGACCUCCCAAAAGCCAACUUAUUGUGAUAUUUGUAAAUUAUAGUUUUAGCAGUUCGUUUGCCACAUGAGUGGAACAUCGUGAAUGCACUUUUGAUAAGUGCUCGGUUAUUUUAUAUUGUAACUACCAGCCUUCAGAGGCGAUCGUAUGCAUAGUUUCUUGAAGUCAAUUUGUCCGUGUAUUCAAAUGUUUGCUUUCGUGAAAACUCGCAUUGUUUUGUCACUCUACCAAGUAAUCAAUUUGUACCAAUCAAUCGCAUAUGGUUGUCCUAGAUCUAAAAAUGGCAAUAAUUUGCCUUCGGUAUUGCACCUAAUGUAUUCAAGAACAAGUAGGGAAGCUCGAAAUUUCUCAAAUACUUACCCAAAAAAUAGAUAGAAAUAUAUUUUCGAUUCGCAAUCGU